UGUUUCAACAGACUUCCUCAACAUGUCCAAAGCAGCAGACUUGGACGACGACGAAUAUGUGGCCAAACUCCUCGCCGAGGACGCCCGGAAGAGUUCGACCAAUUAUGCGUCCCAGGGCUUGUCUGCGCUUCUGCCACCGAGGAGGCCAACGGGCUCAGGCUUGAAGCCGAACACGCGCUUCUUAAGGACACUCGUGCGUGAAGUAGACAGCCACAACGCCGCACUGAAGAAGAGGGAGGAACUCGAGGCCAGAGCACGUCUGAGGAGCAUUCAGGACGAGAAGCGAUCCCGCAACGAUCGGGACCGCAAAGAUCAUAGCGAGCAUGGGCGUCACAGGGAUGGAGAUCGAGAAAAGGAAAGGGAAAGACAGAAAGCACGGGGGCAUGACAGGAAGAGGCGGCGUCUGAGCGAUGACGAAGAAUAUGACGGUGGGAGAGCACAGCGCGAACGGCACGAGAGAUCGCGAAAGUCCCGGCGCAGUCGAAGCCGCGAGCAGGAGCAGAGUAGGAGUCGGGAGAGGAGGCGCAGAGACAAGAGGCAACACGACGACAGUGACGCGGAGAGGCGGUCGUCAAGGCGCGAGAAACGCUCCGAGCAUCCAAAGUCCUCACGGCUGUCGCGGUCCCGGUCCUGGUCCAUGUCUAGAUCGAGGUCUCCCGCCGGGCAUCGCAGCAAGAGAGACAGCGACAGAGACGCGGACGACGGUGAGAGACCACGGCACAGAAACAAGCCUCGCAACCGGAGCGUCUCCUCGACUUCAUCAGACCCAUUGUCCUCCAUCGUAGGACCCGACCCCGCGGACAAACCUAUAACCACCCGAAGACGAGGACGUGGCUUCGCCCGUGGCGGACAAUCCUCCAACAUCGACGCGCACUUCUCCUCCAACUACAACCCGGCCCUCGACGUCGACGCCGACCCAAACUCCUCCGACGACGCAGCGGACUGGGACAAUGCGCUCGAAGCGCUACGGGAUCGCCGAGCAUGGCGUGCCAAACAAGCCGAUCGAUUGCGCGAGGCUGGCUUUGACGAGGACGAGAUAGACCGGUGGAAAACUACAUCGUCGCAGAAGACUCGGCUCGGCGAUGGCAACGGCGACGGAGAUGAACUACGGGAGGUCCGAUGGUCGAAAACAGGCGAGCAAAGAGAGUGGGAUGCUGGGAAACCGGCGUUCGGUGGUGUAGAUGGGACGAGUGAGGAAGACGACGAUGGGGACGCGGACCACAACAUCGCGACUCAAAAGAAGGAGGAGAAGAAGAAGCCAAAAAAGCGCGGCGCCGAGACUGUUGUCGCCGAAGCAUGGCGGAGAAAGGACAAUGGCAUGUUGAAGCAGUUCCGCAAUGCGUUGGGAUAGAUACAAAAACGAACACCAAUACGGUCUCAGACGUUUGUAUAGGUCAGGCUCAGGCUCAGGCUCAAUCGAGACAUUAUGGUCGAGUCAAU